UCAGUGGACAUGGGUUUAGGUAGACUCUGGGAGUUGGUGAUGGACAGGGAGGCCUGAUGUGCUGCAUCCAUGGCGUCGCAAAGAGUCAGACACGACUGAGUAACUGAACUGAACUGACCAUCUGUUUCUUUUGCAUAUAAUAAGGAUGUAGAGAGUUAAAGGAAAAUCUAGAGAAGAUGUAAUGAAUUCCACAUGUCACAAAACUGUCAUUAAUGACAGAUGUUGUAGCUCAGGUGGAAUUGAAAGUUUGCCUAGAGUGACUGGGUCAGCAGUGUAAACCUGUUACCUCAGAGAGAACAUUGACUAAUUUGAAGACGUAAUGGUCAUAGGUAGAUACUUGAUUUAGCAUAGUCAUUGGAUUUCUCUUCGGCCUGUUCCACUUUAUUUAACCCUAAAUCAUAGUAAAUAUCCAAAGCGAAGCUCCUUCCCUUUGUGUUCCAGCCUUAUGACAUUUUGUAGCUUCUCUGGCGAAUUGGUUGGCAUAUUUUUGCAGUCAGUAUAAAGACUGAAAUUUGUUGCAGAGCCAAAAAUACUUCACUCUUUUGCUUCAAAGAUGUAUGCUGGGCGUUUCUCCAGCAGCCAAGGGCUGAACCAGGGAAGGGAGCAAACCAGAGCAGGCACAUCAAAACAUGAGCAAUGUCAGGGUAGAUGUUACUUUAAUUCUCGAAGGAAAUUCCAAGUUGACUGUUUGAUCUAAGCUUCUUGUCACUGAAGAGCAUGAUGUAAAAUUAAUGCAGUGAAUUCAGUUUUUCUCUACCACCAGCCAAACAGUGCAAGUUAAAAUUUUCAAGUAACUUCAGUAGCAUCAGAUAAAGGAUCACUUUGUCCCUAACUAAUAUAAGUUUAUCUUUUUUUUUCUUGGUUAUAUAAUCAGCAUGUAUAUUUUAAAUGGUAUUGUUUAUGCCAUUUGUAGGAGCUACAUUUUAACUUCUAGUUAUAAAAUACAUUGAUUUUUCUUUAUACUGAAAUAUUUGCCUUUAUUAAUAUCUGUGCCUUUGGGACUUUUUAAAAAAACCAUAAAUUGGCAAGGAUACUGUUCACUCAUUAAGCAAAUAUUUAUUGAGUACGUCCUGUCUAGGCAUUUCUCUCCAGUGAACUAGGAAAGCAGUGUCUUUGAUUUCAUGCAGCUUAUAUUCUGUUUAAGGAGGAUGGAGUGAAUAGAAUGAAAUCAAGUAAAAUAAGAUGAUUUCAGAUAGUGAUAAAGGCUUGGGUUAAUGUCAGGGAAAAAAUGGGGCAAGACACUUUAGGUAAGGCUUAGUCAAAGAAAGCCAUUCGGAGGAGUUGAUGUGGAAGGUGUGUGAUGAAAAAGAGCCAGCCGUGUGAAGAUCUGGAGGAGCGGUGUUCCAAACAGAGAAACUGGCAGGUGCAGAGAUCCUGCAGGAAGGCCAGAGAGGAGGCAGAAAAGUAAUGCGCGGGGAGGAGAGGGGGCCAGGUUAAAGUUGGAGAAGGGGGUGCUGGGGCCAAAUGAAAGGAAUCUGGAUUGGCCAGUGCAGACUGUACAAAGUCACUGGAGGUUCUUGAGUCAGAAAGGGUCUUGACCUGAUUUGUGGUUGCUCUGUGAAACAGAGGACAAGAGCAGAAGCAGGGGGAGGGUUAGUGGGCUCCACUGCAGUAGACUAGGUGAGGGCGGGAUCUGGAGAGAAUGCUUGGGCUAACAGGGCGGUAGCAGCAGCAGAGGCUGAAAGGUGCGGCUGGAAUAGGAAUCAGCACAGAAGUAGGAGGCCAGCAGGGCCAGCUGAUGAACUGGAAAAGAAGGGACAGAGAAUGGCUCACAAGCAGCUGGAUGGGUUUACUUAGCUUGUGGAUCAUGGGGUUGUUAUUUCAAUUUGUAUAUGGGCUUUUUUUUGUUUUUUGUUUUUUUUUCAAUGAAGUAUGAUGACCUGAACAAAAAGUCAUGAUGUAUUAUAUGCAUUAAAUCUUUAGACAUUUUCUAAAGAUUGUAGAGAUAGAAAAUAGUUAUUGCAAUGAUGCAAAACUUUGGAGUCAUUUAUUCUUUUUGGGUUUUUGUUGCCUUUUUAAAGUGGAACAGUAAUUUAGUCAUGUAAACCUGGAAACAAAAGGAUCCUCUCAUUUGGGUAGUAGAAACUUUCUAAUUAAAAAGGAAAAACACAUGUAUUUGAGGGUUUUUUUUUUUUUUCAUUAUUAACAUGGUAAUGCACAUCAUAUAAGAAAAACAUGAACCAACAACAGAGGACACAUAUGCAGCCAGAAUAAGUAAAUAAAUCUCUUCCAUCUUACUUUCCAGGGGCGCAGGUUGACAUAAACACUUGGAAUGUGUCUAGACCCUGGACAAAGCAAUAUUUGGCUGUAUGUUUCUUGUUCCCUCACACCCAUGAAAAAUUAGAUUUAUUACAAGUUCACUUUUUUAAACUUAGUGAUCUAGCUUAUUUUUCCAUGUUAGUGCACAUUACUUCCUUUUUUUUUUAAAAAGAUUGCCUAUUAUUUCACUUCCUUAAUGUAUUUAACUUAACCUGUCCCCUACUGGUAGACAUUCAGAUUGUUAGUGCUACAUUAUCACAUGCAUUCUUCUUUGAGAAUGUCUGUCAGUGUCUCAGUGGAUUGAUUUUCCACCUGGAGGCUGAUCAGAGCUGCCCUCCAGGUUAGUGCUACUCUGAUUUAACGAACAACGUCAACAGUUCUGAUUUGUGUCACCAGAAUGAGACAAUGAAAAUGUGAGUGUCCAGCAGCAUAAAUCAAUCAAUAAAUUAUUACUAUUCAGCAGUGCCACUCUUGACUUGUCUGCUGCAUCUAGAAAUCAUUAGGAUGGCUGUGCUUCAGAUUUUGAAGAGGACAUUUCAGGAUAUAAAUCCAUAUUUUAGUUCUAUUUGCUAAAAGAUAUUUCUCCUGACAGUCAUUGUUUCACAAGGCCAUUUUGUGACUAGUGUUGACUAGUUGAGAUAUGCACACACCUGCUGUGUUGGCCCUGUUUAGCUGUGGUCUUACGUCUGACCAGAAGAGGGAGUUUUUUUUUUUAAUCUCUUCUGAAUGCAGUAGCGCCUACUACCUGACUGGGGUAAUGCCUCCCAUGCAGUGUUCAGGCCUCUACAACUGGUUUGGGACAGUGGGCAAAGGUUGAAUUCACCUGUUGCCUUCCUCAUUGCUUAUUGUGUGUAUAGAAAUUCCAGUAUUUAGCUUUACUUCUGUGUUUUGCCUUUAAGUCAACAGUUCUCAAAUUGAACUUCAAAGAAAUUGUAUAGCUUUUCCUCUUGUGUGUUCGAAAGUUAAUGAAAAGAGAUCAAGGAAGGUAACUAUCUCAAUUUAAAAUAAGCAGUCAGCCCCUUAUCACACAUGAUGUAGUUCUUGAUUUGUACUCUCCUAGGGUAAAAAAUAAACUCCAGUAUGAACUUUAUUUCAUUACUUCUUAGGCUUGAUAGUUUUAAAAGAUUGUUAAAACUCCUGCUGUAGAAGAUUUGUAGUGAGCUUUAGAAAAUCAAGGUGUUGUUUCACAAGAGUGGCUAAUAGGCAUUUUCUCCAGGUGAUGUUAGUGGUAAUGAAUCUGCCUGACAGUGCAGGAGACAUAAGAGAUGAGAGUUCGAUCACUGGGUCGGGAAGAUCCCCUGGAGAAGGGCACAGCAACCCACUCCAGUAUUCUUGCCUGGAAAAUCCCAUGCACAGAGGAGCCUGGCAGGCUACAGUCCAUGGGUUCGCAAAGAGUUGGACGUGACUAAAGUGGCUUAUUGUGCACACACUGUGUGAUUCUUACUGUGCUUUGUCAUGUUACUGGAAUGACUGUCUGCAUAGCCAAACAAAUGAAACGGGCACCAUAGUCAGGAUAGUCCUUUGAUUUAAUACCAGAGUUUCAUGCUGUUUAAAAUUUUCUUCUGCUUUCUUCACAGUGCAUUUUUUCUAACAAAAACUUGAGUCAGUUUCUUUAUGGAUUUUUUGAUUGACACCUGAAUAUAUGAGGUGCAUUCAUCUGUCAUGUAUAUUUACGUAGAUUCCCAAGUGUAAUAAUCUCAAACAUACUGUUUUCAGUUCAGCCUACUGCCUUCUUAUCUCAUUGGCUCUUUCUGCUUCCCUGCCUUCUCCAAUUGUACUGGUCCUCUCCACUCUGUAAUCCAUCUAUGUAACUUGGUACAUUCUUCAUGUGUAACUUAGUAUACAUCCUUCUAUAUUUUUAUCAUGCUCAUAACUCUUUACAGGCGCAUAUAAUCCCAUGUUUCAUUAGCAGGGGCUGCAGGUCAUAGUUUUUACCAAAAGAGGGAUCCUGUUAAUAAGCACACUUCUGCUGCUCCUCUAUUCAGCAAAACCACAAAGAAAUCCAUCCAGAUCCCAGGAUAACACAAAUCCCCUUUUUUAAUGGUUGCCUAAGGUUUUAAGGUGCGGCUGUGCCGUAACCUGUCCUCAGCCAGGCCCUCUGUCUGUGGGCAUUCACUUUGUUUCUUGCCUUUUACCUCCAGGAAGAAAGCAGCAGGAGCCAACCUGCUAAAGGCUACAUGCAUUCAUUUUGUUUCUGUGGGAUAAAAGUCUCAGGAAUGGAUUCUGGAUCAAAAAAGAUACUUUUUUUGCCUUGUUUAUAGCUGUUACUAGAUUGUUUUCCCAGAAGUCUGUUAAUACUUUGUAUCUCUACUAGCCACAUAGGCCAGUACUGCCACCAGGAGUAAGUAUUUUAUUUAUUUUUGUAAGCUUCCAGUUUUUUUCUAAAGCCUCUUAGGGUGUUUUACACAUUUAUUCACAAAUGUGAUUAACUGUAAUUUGACUUUGAAGUCCCAUUUCUCAAACAAGGGCAAACUUUUUUUACUACCAGCGUAGCAUGUAUCUUCACUGUGUGAUAUGAGGCAAAACGUUUUUCAAAAGGAGUGAUGAUUUUUCAAGUGUUCAUUUAAACAACUACAGACAGUUUUCCUGGCAUUUAUGGGAAAUUUCUCUUCACUCUGAUUGGAAUUUAUCUUAGGGCAGAAAUCUAGUUCUGAGAUUCCUCUUUGCAAAAUGUGUAGACUUGUAGAAGACAACAAUUUCUGUUGAGAUCAUUUGUGGGGCCAGUGAAAACUAUUGUCAGUUUUACUUCUGAUCUCAUUAUCCUCCUUGAAUUUGGUGUGAUUGGUCACCUUUUAACAGUGUUCACUUUGUGUCUCAAAUAAUGACUGGGCUGAGGUCAGACUGUGGUUCACACAAAGCCUAUGUAAAUCAGGCCAUGAGGUUAUACUUUAUUUGGCUGCCUUUGAACAAUCUGAACAGCUGAAAAGGGACACACACAUCCCAAGGGUGGCUAAGCCCUGAAGGCGCAUCCACCAAACAGAGCUGACGAUGCCAACCAGAGGAAGGCUGUGUGCCAUGAGCCCCCAAGGUGAAUGAUCCCAUUUAAGCUCUCAUCUCCCACCUCUCCUAAUCCUGCCGGAGCACCUAAUGAGCGCGGGAUAAUAACACAGCAGCAGUUUCUUGGUGAAGCUAAUCUGAUUCUGGACAGCAGGCGUCCCGGCCCACAGCUGAAUGAAUUGCUUGGUAUUUCCAAGUUUGAAAAUACUUUCUCCCCCUUUCAAGUGCUCCUUGGCAGCAGGUAAGGAAUGUUAAAGCUCCUGUAAGUGCCAAUUAAGGCCAAUUAUAACUCGCCCGGCCUGCUGAGACACUGAAGUGGAGUGAGUGGAGGCUUGUUGUGCUCCUGUAAACUGGAGAACUGGCUGCCGCCGGUGACAGGAACACAGGAUUUCCAAACUGCCGACAGCUCGUUUGUUGCCCUGCAGAACACCAAAUGACACUGCCGCUGGCUUCUCGGGGUUGGACUUAGGAAAUCCCAAGAUUUGUCGGGGACCUCACUAAUUUUCAUCACAGAAACCGCUGUCAUUAUCUCAGUCUUUAUUUCAAGUGACGUCCACCAUCCAAUUUCUCCUUCCUGAUCAUAAUAGCCAACAUUUAUCGAGCAUUUCAGAGGUGCUAGAUACCCAGCACAUGUGUCACCUUCUUUACUCCUCAUCAAGGCCCCAAUAGUGCUCCUCAGGGGAGGACACAGACCCCCCAGGGCAGAGGUCCCUCGCCCAAGACUACACAACGAAAAGUGCUGAGGCCGCGGCGGGCCAAACCCAAGCCCUCGUGGCCCCUCCCAGCUGCUGCUGGUUUGCCUGUUUGCUGCGAGCAGGCUAAUUCACAGAAGAAUUUGUGUCAGUUCAGGACUCCCUUUGUGCAACUAGAGUAAAGCUGAUGGUGCACACCAUCCACACCACAGCCAGUACCUGUAAUUUUUGGUCUGUACGGCAUGGAUGUUAUUCUAUUAAAACAGUAUUUUAGUCUGUAGUCUUUUUUUUAGUCUGUAGUCUGUUUAUUUUAUUUUAUUUUUUUUUCACAAGAAAGAAGAAAUGUGACCAUGUCCCCUGAAUGAGCCAUCAUAAGGAAAUGUAAUAUCAAUAUAAACUUUAUUUGGUUAGGGUUUGAAGAAGAGUAGUAAUGCUUUCCAAGCAGAACAGGGUGGCAUUAGGCUAAACAUUUUCAAUUAGGGCAUUAAGAGAGGUGUGUGUUUAAAAGUUCAGUCUGAGCUGUAGAUGCUCAGUUUUUGUGUAUAUUCUUAUUGUGUCGAUUUUUAUUUUUCUAGCUUGCACUAUCAUUCAUCUCCUUUUUGAUGUAGGUCUUCAGAACAAAUUUGGAUAGUUUCUUCUUGUUUAUAUAUGAAAAUGUAGGUAUAUUUAAGAAUACUUUGUAGUUCUUAAGAACAUUUGUAGUGUGUAGUAUUUAAGAACGUUUGCUGAAGUACACCCUGAAAUUUUUCAGGGUUACAGAAAGUCUUUGUUCCCCAAAUUGUCUUACUUUGGUUGGUUCUCAUAAGAAUUGUUUUCCCCACUAGCACCAGCACCAUCUACAAAAGGGAACUUUAGAAAUGCGAGCAUUUGUGCUGGGAGACCGGCAAGGAGUCUGGUGUCCAGGCUUCGGAGUGCAGUGCUGUGGAGUUGAGACUUAGUUUGCGUAGGUCCCCUUCCCUCAGUCAGUUCUGCCAUUGGCAACAUCAGGGAGCCUCUUCAGCUCCCCUUGGCAGGGGUUAGGGGGGCAGUGGGUGCAGUGAGUGAUGCGUUGCAGUCAGGUCGUUCAGCAGUAGGAUGUUUCUGUUUUGUUUUUCUGCUAGCUUAACAAACCCUUCAGUGCAUUAACCUAAUUGUCUUAUUUUUGCGUAUUAACUUUGGAAGGAUUUGCUCAUUCUGUGCUUCUACUUCUUGCUGAUGGCUCUUUCCUAGUGUCCUUCUGAUCUCUUAAUUUUAAGAACCCCCAUAGUUUUGCAUUGUUAGAAUCAGAAAUCUAGGGAGGAUGGGGAACAGUUUCAGAAGCCCUCUAGAUCCUAAUAUUGCUGCCAUGGUUUGGAUACGAGUGCUUGCUGUAAAAACAAAGCAAUGUGGCUACUACUCUUUUGUUUUACAGUAAAUUUAGAAUUCGUGUCUGUUCUAACAGAAGCCAUUUCCUAUGCCUCACAACUCUUUCCCACCCCUUCCAGGCCAAAUCUUUUCCACACAUGUAAUUCAUGACUUUUUGCCAAAUAGUCUGUGUUGGGUGAUGGUAUUUUGUAGAGGAAUUUCCCCCCUCCUUUUGACAUUUAAAAGUGUUCAUUCUGAACUAUCAGGCAUCUGAGUCUGUUUAUGUGUGCAGCCUUUAUUAUCAUAAAACUCAUAUCAGUUGGCUGCUUUUUUCCAUGUCUGUUUGAUCGUAAGAUUUGGCGAUUAACAGGACGAGGAGUAGUGAUGCGGUAAGUGUAAUACAGCGGAGACAGGCAACCCGUUUAACCAGGAAGACAUGGUUUUCAAGGAUCCACUUAGAGAAGUUUUUGGAUUAAAAGCCUAAAAGGUCCCCAGCUUUCAUCAGUUAUCCAGCUAUUCAACUAUGGACAAUACCGUGUAUAUUUUUCUGAAAUUAGAUGUAUUUUACAAAUAGGCACAGAAAAUGGGUGAAGAUUUUUCUUACUAGAUUUAAGGAAAGCUAUUCUUAGAUAUAAUAAACUUUUGUUUGUUUAAAGUAUAGAUACUGGAGAAAUAGAAUGUGGAAAAAGACUGCUGAUAUUUGUAACAAUGUAUAAUAUUAAAAACUUGUAGGUCUGUCUAGCCUUAAAGUAUAGAUAUAUAAUGAAUCAUUUAAAUUUCCUAAUUUACCUGAUAGUAGUUGUCAGUUUAAAGUUAUGCAGGAAAAUCAGGUGUGAGUAAUUCACAUUCUAGACGGUUAAAUUCAUAAAUUCCAUCUUCCUCCAGUUUUGGCCAGCAGCCUUUCCAAGAGAAGGAUUAAUUUACACCAGCCAGGACGCCUUCUAUGACCAUAUUAGAUGAAAUUAGACUCCACCCCUUGUUUUCUGUUGAUCUGCCAGGACCUUUGUAAUUCAAGUGCUUUUUACAGUAGUAGCAAAUGUUACAUAAGACCAAACAUGGAGCAUAUUUGGAGUUGGUGGGCAGACCCAAAUCAUGAUGCAAGCCUGCAGUAGCAAGUGUGCAAUGAAGCACAACCAAAUUAUGUGAAUGGAAGGUGACAAGAAGCCUCCUCAGAGCAGCCCUUCCUCCGCACGGGGGCUGAAAGCUCUACCCGAAAGAAGACAUAGCUCAUCCAGCAAGCCUUCUUUGGCCGUUCCUCCCACUUCAGUGUUCUCCUUCUUCCCUUCUCUGUCCAAAAGCAAAGGAGGCAGUGGCAGUGGAAGCAGCCGUUCUUCCAGCGGAGGUGUCCUGAGCACAUCCUCGUUAAGUUCCAAGUUGUUGAAAUCGCCCAAAGAGAAACUGCAGCUCAGGGGGAACAGGCCAAUGCAUCCCAUUCAGCAAAAUAGAGUCCCCCAUGGUAGAAUCAUGACGCCCUCUAUCAAAGUGGAAAAGAUUCAUCCGAAGAUGGAUGGCACACUACUGAAAUCCGCGGUGGGGCCCACCUGUCCUGCUCCUGUGAGCUCCUCAGUCAAGCCUGGCCUUAACUGCCCCUCAAUACCAAAGCCAACCUUGCCUUCACCUGGACACAUUCUAAAUGGCAAAGGGCUUCCUGCACCGCCUGUUCUGGAAAAGAAGUCAGAAGAUUACUCCAAUAACAGGAAGUUUUUAAAUAAGAGAUUAUCAGAAAGAGAGUUUGAUCCUGACAUCCACUGUGGGGUCAUCGACCUCGACACCAAGAAGCCCUGCACCCGGUCUUUGACAUGCAAGACACAUUCCUUAACCCAGCGGAGGGCUGUCCAGGGUAGAAGAAAACGAUUCGACGUGUUGUUAGCCGAGCACAAAAACAAAACCAGGGAAAAGGAAUCGAUUCGCCAUCCGGACUCUCAGCAACCAGCGCAGCCUCUCAGGGACCCACAUCCCACCCCUCCUAGAACGUCACAGGAGCCACACCAAAACUCUCACGGAGUGAUUCCCUCCGAAUCAAAGCCUUUCAUAGCUAGUAAACCUAAACCUCACACCCCCAGUCUUCCAAGGCCUCCAGGCUGCCCUGCUCAGCAAGGUGGGAGUGCCCCCAUUGACCCUCCUCCAGUCCAUGAGUCUCCACACCCUCCCCUGCCUGCCACUGAGCCAGCUUCUCGGUUAUCCAGUGAGGAGGGAGAAGGCGAUGACAAAGAAGAGUCUGUUGAAAAACUGGACUGUCAUUAUUCAGGUCAUCAUCCUCAGCCAGCAUCUUUUUGCACAUUUGGGAGCCGGCAGAUUGGAAGAGGCUAUUACGUGUUUGACUCCAGGUGGAACCGGCUUCGCUGCGCCCUCAACCUCAUGGUGGAGAAGCAUCUGAACGCGCAGCUGUGGAAGAAGAUCCCGCCCGUUCCCAGUACCACAUCGCCCGUGUCCACACGUGUUCCUCACCGGACAAACUCUGUGCCGACGUCACACUGUGGGGUUAGCUACCUGGCAGCAGCCACCGUGUCACCUUCCCCUGUCCCGCUCUCGUCCACCUGCGUGUCCCCCAGCAGUAAGUCGGUCCCAGCUCACGGCACCACACUGAACGCCCAGCCCGCCGCCUCUGGGGCUGUGGACCCUGUGAGCAGUAUGCAGUCCAGACAAGUGUCUUCCUCCUCCUCCUCCCCCUCCACGCCCUCCGGCCUGUCCUCCGUGCCCUCCUCCCCCAUGGCCCGGAAACCUCAGAAGCUGAAAUCCAGCAAGUCUUUGCGGCCCAAGGAUUCUUCUGGUAACAGCACGAACUGUCACAACGCCAGUAGCAGCGCCGGCGGCGGCUCAGGAAAGAAACGCAAAAACAGCUCCCCCCUGUUAGUGCCCUCGUCCUCCUCCUCGUCAUCCUCGUCCUCUUCUUCUCAUUCCAUGGAGUCUUUUAGGAAAAACUGUGUGGCUUACUCUGGACCUCCGCACCCCGCAGCAGUAGCCUCUGCCCCGGGCAUCAGCCUCAACUGCGUGGCCAGCCGAGCGAACUCGGUGGGUGGCCGGCACGAGCAGCCGGGGUGCCGGGGCACCUCCAGCGGGAACCCCUGCGAGUCCAUCAAGAGGAUGAGCGUGAUGGUCAACAGUGGCGAUUCCACACUCUCCCUCGGCCCCUUCGUGCACCAGGCCGGCGGUGAGCUACCCGUCAACUCCCACGGCGCCUACCCGCACUCACACACUCCUCUGGACAAACUCCUAGGAAAGAAAAGAAAGUGCUCACCCGGCUCGAGUGGUGUCAACAGCAGCGGCGGCAGCAGCAAGCCCACCAAGGUGGCCAAACUGCCGGCCGUGAACAACGUCCACGCGAAACACGUGGGCCCCAGCCCGGGGGCACCAGGGCUGACGAACAGCUCCCUCCUCCAUCAGGUAGGACAGGGCCUGGGGGCCCCGUGGGGAGGCUCGUGGCCUCUCCCUUGACAUGGUUGAUCAACUCAGAGAUCUGUGCGGUCGGUUUGGUGGGUUUGCCUAAAAGCAAGUAUCCGGCUUCACGGUGUCUUUUAAGAAAAGGCCGAGUUGAAGGCCAGAUGAAGGUCACACGGGCGCCUCUCUGCCAGACUCUCUGAUGACUCGGAAGAUGCUCCUGGCUAAGGAGGCCACACCAAGUGCAUUUCAGCAGCUGGGGCGGUGGACACCGUCCUGCAUGAUGGUGGGGCCCUCCGUGUCCUGGAGCGCAGUCCUUUCGUACGUUUUUCUGAAGAAAGCUGGGCGAAAAUCAAGCUGAUGUGGAAAGGGAUGAUUUAAAUUUGAAAAAGGCUGUUAAUAUUUUUCCCAUCAAAGAGUUUCAGAUUUUCUUGUUAAUUCCCUCCCUCUGUGUUCUCCUUCCUGUUUUCCAAGGAGGCAGGGAAGCAGAAUUUAACUAUGGCAGAGCAGAAGACUAAUAUCUCAUUGAAGUUACAGAUUGAAAAGAAACCUGAAUGUGACCUGUUUCUAGAAAAGGGCUUGUCGGGCAUCGGAUUUGUUACUGACCAUGGUUUCUCUGGCUGUGUCUUGUCUCUUCCCCACUCCUCCUCCGGCUGCUGUUUGCUCCUGUGGCCAGUUCCUCCACCUUCCUCUUUGUUCUGUCCAGCUCCUCUCUCAUCUUGUCAUUUCAUUCAGCAGAGCACUUUCUGUCUUUGCUUACAAGCAGGAAUUUCAGCAGCGUCACCCUCAGAGCUCUGCUUUAAAAUGUGAGGCUCUUUUUGUUGGUUUGGUUUUGUUUUCCCUUCCUCAUCUUCAAAACUGAACAUAAAUGUCAGACUAGAACUUGUCCAGAAAAUACCAAGAAGUUUCUUCAUGAGACAGAAGUUUCCCUCCAGUAUAUGUGUGAAUGAAAACUCGGCGCCAAAGGUGUGGGGAAAAUAAUGACGCAUGAAUUUCAGUAGCAGCUGCUUCAGUUCUUCUCUUUGAGCCACAAAUACAUACGGGCUAUUUGUGUGUCGUUUGGGCCUUUGAACAGGAUUCCUGGACAAGUGAAAACUUCUUGAUUUAUAGUUUAAUGAUAAGCAUAAAAAUGCACUGCAAACCCUGUAAGAAUCCAUCCCUUAGUAAUACCCUUCUAAGCAUGGUUUCCCGAUUCAUGUGAAUCCCGGGAGGGAAGUCCCACUGCACGCACCCCUGUCACAGAGCGGGCCGUCUUCACACGGAAGCCGCUGCAGACCAGACCGCCCCCCGUGUCCGGGCAAGGUGGAGAACUGGCGAGUGGGCGCCUCAUCUGCACAGAGCGGCGACUCCCAGAAACUUGCUCUAAUUUCAGAGAGAAACUGCGCAUCUGAACCUUCGUGAGAAAUUUAACCAUUUUCCAAAGCUCUGUAGUUUUUUUUUUCAUUUUGUCUUGAUCUGGUGAAGCCCACACAUCUCUCAGCUAAGUUUGGCUCAGGAGCUACCCGUUUGCCACCUCUCAUUUCCACCAUCUGAGGAGGACUACGUCCCCCUUGGACAAACAGCCCAUGUUUAGGUUCUUUUCCUUAAAAGCAGUUUCACGUCAUGUUUGUAUUUGAGAAAGGUUUUCUCUGUGCAGUGGAAUACUUUCUGUUACGCUACACAAACUCGGUGGGCUGGGGGUGUGAGGCAUGGCUACAGACCACAGGAUGGACGAACUGCCCAAAAAAGUAUUGCAUAUUUUUACAUCCCUGAUCAUUUAGCUGCAAGAGGCAACCAGUAGCUUUCUUCAGACUAUCAAAGGGACCCAUGCCUCCAAAAUGCUGUACAGAAGUCUGCUCUUAGACCACUAGGGGCCUGACCUCGCUCUUCUCCAUGCAGCAGAUUUUAGAGCCGAGAUAACUGGGCUGGUUUGAGUCCCUUCAACAGCAGAAUCGGGGGACCUGCUGGGGAGCCUGGGAGGUAUUGCUGAGUGCCCGCCCAGCCCCUGAGUCAACUUGUGGGCUUUGCCACCAAGGACCUAAAAAUAGCUCACUGCAGGCCAGCGAAGGCCAGCGUCCCCUCUCCCUGCCUCCCCUCCGCCUUGGGUGUGAGCUUUCACACCUGUGUGCUGGCCCAUUUGACCUUGUUCAAUUCUCAGUUGACAACCUGGAAAAGCCUCAAGGAAGCAGCAUCCAUAAAUAGAACCAAAAGGCAAACAUGUGAGCCUUUUCUCUAAGCUAGAAACCCAGGCUGCAUCUCUUCUGGACUGUUUUCUGAGAGCCAGUCUCUUAGAAGGGUUGUGCCCAAGGUCGUUGGAGACUGUUGAAAGCUAAAACCAAGUUCUCUAGCUGCCUGCUCCUGGCACGGCCCAGGCAGAGGAGACAUGAGCGGCGCGUGGCCUUGGGAGUACCUUUUUAGAAUCAGAGCAGGGCUGGGGACAGCCGCUUACUUACCUUUCGAUGUCUCCCCACCCCCCUCUUUUUUGAAAGCCAAAGGCCCAUCCCUGACAGCUGGAAAUAGCAUGGGGAGGAAUAAUGUGGACACUUUUGACGACAAGUUACACCUCCACUCAGCACCCUGGAUUCCACGACACCUUUGAGUCUGUUUUCCCAGCCUCCUGUGGGCCUCGAGGGUAGAAAUCUGCUGGGCCGUUGUUUUAACGAGGAUGCCCCUGAAGCUUUGUCUGUAGCAGUGAGUACUCGUUACAGGACACUGGAUCAAGUCCAGCCACCAAGUUGCUUUUAUCAGUGUUAGAGGUCUGGAGGGCUUGCUGCCACCUGUGAGAAGUUCCUGUCUCGUUGUUGCACCUCCAGUGUAUCACCGAGCCGCUCUUGGAGGAGGUUGGCUGGCGCAAGUGUCUUGGCAAGAGUGUGACUGUAGUCUUUGCUCCCUCUCUCCCUCCCUCACUCUCUCCCUGCCUAGGUCUUCCCUCACCCUGGCAUCUAUAGGUCCCAGGUCCCUCUCCAGCAGUCAGAUACUGUAACUGGAGAGACCUCUGGGGGCAAGCAGAGCUGCACCCUGAGCAGCCCUCUGGAGAAGGGAGUCUGUGGCUAGGUGUUUACAUCGGGAGUCCGGAAUGGAGUGUGGACGUUAGUGUGAGACGCCGUGAUAAAAGAGCCUGUGUUUUCGCCCAGCCUUUUGCAAGUAAUUUGGGAUCAGAAGCCGUCGAAGUUUUUCAUGUGUGAACUGGUUUAAAAGCCACUGAUGGCCAGAGAGCAAGGAUACACCAGUGUAGAGGCUUACUUUUCAUGGUACAAAAGCAAUUCUGUGUGAAUUUAAAAAAAGAAAAGAAAAUGCAGACAAUUUUGAUAUGGAAAGUCAAAUUUUGGUGGGAGGGGGCAGAUAAAAAUCACCGUAGGGGAAAAUUUUCCACGAUUUCCAAAGAGAUUGAUUUUUUUUUUUAACCUUUGUUUUCAUGUUAAACAAUAUGAUUAGGCCAGUUGUCCUGCCCAGGCUCCUGUUUUUAAAAAUUGCCUUUGUAACAUGAAAUAACUGGGAUGCAGCAGAAUCUGUCACUCACCAAGUCACUGGAAUACUUAGAUGUUUCCAAGGCACUCUGUGUGUUCCCCUCAACCUCUUUGGAUCCUGUCCUGGGACUAAGUGUCAAUUUCUGCUUGGAGCACUCCCGGUGUUGUGCGUAUCUACACCCCGUAUCCUGCCGCUGCACACGUUUCUGGGGAUGCCAUUGAGGUGGGCAGCAGGCACCCAGGGCGGGGCGCAGGUGACAGCACCCACGUGGAGGUGGUGAGGUGCUCCGUGACAUACCUCCUUUCUUGGGAUUAAUGCCUGUGAUGUUCCUGAGGGUUUCAGAGACCACCCCCCCACCCCCCACCCACCCAGAAUGUUUUUUCUAGUACUUAACCCCCAGAGAAAGAGUUUGAUAGGUUAAGGCAUCUCUGCCUGAGAAGGUGCCAUUGAAUUUGAGGGGAUGAGCUGGAGCUUUUCAAUAGAUGAUUCCACCGGCACCUCCUAAAAGGAGAACCAGGCAUUUUGCUUAGAGGAACACAGGAAGUUGCCAACCACAGGGUAAAUUUCCCAAGGCUCCAGUCGUGGCCCCGGGUAGAGCCAGGACAGAGCCAGUCAUUGCAUCUAUUUUCCUUACAAUUCUUGGGUUACAAACUUCAGAUUCAGGGAAUUUUCAGUCAACAACAGGUAGAAUGAAUAAAUACUUGGUUACCAGCCUAAUAAUGUGAAUCGCUACAGAAUUAUUAUGUAAGAUAACAAAGUUUAUGGAGAUACUUUAGCUAUAAAUUGAUGUAAAAUAUUGAUUCUUUUUUUUAAAGGAAGGGGAGAACAGUAUCUUGUUCAGUUAUUAUGCAAUCAAUUAAUAAAUGUUUUUAAAAUGAUACUGUAAGAGAGCUUGUAAGAAGAGUGCACAGAUGGGCCCAUUUGGUGUGGUUAGGAGAGGUUGGUCUGGUUUUUCAUCCCAGGAGAGGGACAGAAGGAGGUAAGAGGAAAUCAGAACGUACCUAGCUGAUUCCUCAGUGACAAGUGCAAUGGGGGAUGGGUAGAAUUUAUUUUCAGAGCCAAGGGGACUUGAUGGUUAUAAAUAAAGUUGCUUUUAGUGAUGGAAUUGUAGACAGAUCAUGUUGUUCCAGAAGAUGUGAAUAGGACCCAUGAUAGAAAGUUGACUCAGAAUAAUGUAGAUAUUUACAUAAGCAAAUUUUGAUCCUUUGAUUUCUUAGAUUGAGGUUUUAAUUUCAUUAUUGUCUCCCGGUAGUACACAGAGCAUCGGGAUUAGGAAAUUAGCCAUUUUGGACUCUGCCUGCCACAAACAGACCUAUUCUAAACAGUGCUAUUAAAUUUUAGACUGUUGUUCAAAUAUUUUUAUUUUCUCCUACAACUACUUUUUAUUAUAAUGAACAAGUAAGACCAUUUAAAACACGGGAGUACAAGUAUUUUUUUGAACUAAAUUAACUUGCAGAAACCAAAUUUGCAGUGGUUGGGUUGUUUCUAGACAGACUUUGGUAUCAAUUUAAAACCAAGAUAAUUUUUAUAUUCUUUCCAAUAGAAUUUCGUGACAACUCCUGCAGUUUUCUUAACUUACAAAAAAGAAAAAGUGCUGCAAUGAUGAACAAAGAAUUAUACGAAAACCUACUUUUGUAUCUUUAUUUUGGAAUUUCUUGUUCUAUUAUAAAUAUGGAACUAUCCCUAUUUGAGAAGACAUAUUUUGUUAAAAAUGAAUUGUACAUAUUUAAAUAUGUAUUUUUGCACAGGUCUUUUUUUCUGAUAUCCUGUUUUGGUACAAUUGAGAUCAUCUAGUAUUUAUUUAUUAAUUAAUAAAAGUAAAUACCUUUUUAUAAUUUGAAGUGGUUCACUGCCAAGCCAAUAGUUCUAGGACCUGCCUCCUUUACCAUGUAAGGGACGCCUCUGUUCUGUGAAAGUCUUCUGUCCCUUUCAGUGUCUCGGGAGUGGAUUCAUGCAGAUGAAGUGGGCAUUGCUUCUCCCUAGUUGCUUGAUUUCCCUGUAGACUACAUGUAACAAGUGACACACUGCUUUUCUUUUGUUAUGUGUGAGAGUGAGUGUGUGUGUGUGUGCGCGCCCCGAGCACAUGGGUGUUAGUAUGUGACGUGAUUAAAACUAAUGGGAAAAACACAAAACUGAAAGUGCCUGAACCUAGUUUUAAGCUUAGACAGAUUCUUUAAAAAGACUUGAAUGUUCAGUUGAACUUUUUUGGAGUUUGCUUUUUCCACCUAAAUAUUGUUACUUAAAUUUUAGGGGAGGAGUUGAAAACCACCAAAUGCUGGUAAUUUUAUAAGGUAUUUUAAAAUCAAGACCUUUUGGUUCACAGGAAUUCAACUGGCGAUGAAUUGCCCAGUGGCACCAAGGGUUACAAAUCUUCUGUCAGCCAGCAACUUAACAGCGUGUCCGUUUUGUUAUUCACUCGUGAAAUGCAGAGUUUAAAAUAGAAUAUUUAAAAUAUUUUGUAUUCCAAAAAAUAUAAUACAGAGUACCUCUGAGAACAUUGAAAAAAAAAUGUAUAAUUUGAAAAAAUGUAACUUACAAAGGCAGCUGUCUUCCUGCAAGAGUUCUGUUGCCAAGGAAUUUCUUAAUGUCUCUCAUUCUGUCCUGCGGUGGGGGGGAAAGUUGGGCUUUGGAAAAAUGAUUGUUAAAAGUUUCAUUAUGUUUAGCAGAAAAAUAAUCAUUUUUACAUUUUGUGUAAAACCUUUUACAUUUUCAGAUCAUUUAAAGGAGCACUACAUACUGUCAGUGUGAGCAUAGGGCCUUGAAAGCAUUUUGCCGGUUUCUUUCUUUUUUUUUUCCUUCCCUUUGAGCUUGGUUAUAAAAGCAAUCUCCUGUUUAAAAUGUGUGAAUAGUUUGAUCAUUUGUACACAUAAUCAAGAGCAUCUCAGCUGGACUUUUUGUUGGCUGCUGUAUAGACCAUGAACAAAUGUCAAGGGAUAGAGGAUUACUUUGGAUAUUUAAAAGAGAAGAAGAAAUAUAUAGUCUAUUUGUUUUGUAACAAGUUCUGUAAAUAAAAUAAUUUAUACUAUUUAUAAGAAAAGUUGUGCUUUGCUUUAUGAGAAAUUAGUUUGUGGAACAAACAUGUUAACGGGCAAUAAAACUAGGAUUUCUCAAUAAAUAAGGUUGGCUGCAUGAAAUGUUUCACAUGUUUCUGCCUCGUUGUGAUCCUGAACCUCUCCCGAUCUAGUCUGACUCUUCAUUUUUAACAUCAGACACCCUUGUAAAGCCCCUUCCUUCAGCUUCCUUUCCGUGCAAGGUACAAACUUUAAGGGCUUAGGAUGUUUUGGGCACAAAACCUCACCGUGGGUAAAUUAAUAACUGGCUGAACAGUGAGCACCGUUGUAUUCUUGCCCUGGAGGUUUGUCAGCAGAAGGAAAUCGAUAGGGUGAGAAAUGCAUUCUGUUUCUAUUAUUUGAUGGCAUGUGGUCAGUUUUGAUUGCAGGUAAGUCUGUGUGUGUGUGGGUAUUUAAUCUUUAUUUUACAUUGGAGUAUAGUUGAUUAACAGUGUUGUGUUUGUUUCAGGUGUACAGCAAAGAGAUUCAGUUAUAUGUAUACAGGUAUCCUUUUUCAAAUUCUUUUCCCAUUUAGGUUGUUACAGAAUAUUGAGAGAGGUAAGUUUUUAUCCCAAGUGGGUCUGGUUUCUUUCUUUCUUUUUUUUUUUUUUUACAUACCUCCCUCUCUGGCAAUACAAGUAUAUUAGUAUUAGGCACAGCAUAAUCUUUCAUCUCAAGAAAUUUGGCCAUUUUUACCAUUUGCAAACCAUUCUUACAAAUUCCAAAUUAUUUUUGUUGCUUAAAAGACUAAGGGAAGCAAUGGAUCUGUGGACUGGAAUAAAGGUGAGUAAUUACAGGAAGGGGUCAGGCUGGCUUCAGUCCCCACUGCCCUGCUCUAUGGACUUGCAUUCCAUCCUUAGAUCAGCUGACUGUUCAAACUCAUUCUUAAUAAAUUCCCUAUAAGUAACUCCUUUCACUUUGGAUGUCCCCCUGAACGUCCCAGGAGAAGGUUCACUCACUUGUCCUCUCGUGCUUUUCUCACUUCUGUUCUCUUGCAGGUAACCUGACCGGGGGCAGCAGGAGAUUACCCCAGUUCACUGAGCAGGGGAUUGGCAGUUUUGGAUCUUGACCUGAAGGAAUCAACCGGCAGAACCAGACGGAGGGAGCAAAGUGGGCCAGCACAGGUGGGAAGACACACAGACUGGAGGAAGGUUCUGGCUGAACGGGGAGGGGGCCGACAGGGUAGGAGCAGAUGGCACCAGAUCUCAGGACCUUUCAUGUCGGGGCCUGCAUCCGUAGGAGCGUGCGAUUCAACCAGAUGUCACUGUCAGAGCCCAGAGAUUUUCACAGCCCAGUCCUAGCACAUUGUAGCUGCUGAAGGUAAAAGCCAUUCACAUCUGUACUGGCGACUGUGGAAAAUCAAAGAAGCACUUAAACCUCUUUCCCUUUUUCUCACAUUUUCACUCUUGCCUAAUCUCUGUCUUUAGCCUUUACUCUCCACCCCUCAAGUCCUCCUCAUAAAACUCUGCCCUAAAUCGGAGCUCAGGUUCUGUGACUUCUGACUCCACUGUCUGCCCUCACAGUCCUCUCUUUCUCGUAAGAAACACUUGCUCCUAUUGCGAGUGGGAUGUAUUAAAUGAGUCUAAUAUGUAUAUUUUAAUCUCUACCACAUAGGACCCUCCCAGGUCAGAAUGGACAGAUGAGAACCCAGGGACAAAAAUAACUGAUAAAGCUGUUGUAGUGAUCCAGGUAGCAGCCAUUAAGUUUCUAAACUAAGACAGUGACCAUGUGGAUAAAGUGGAAACUUAUUCAAGGAUCUUUUAAAGGAUAACUGGAAUCAGUGUUGAGAUGAAAAGUUAGACCCUGGCCUGGGCAGGGAGACUGCUGAAGAAUUAAAAAUAUGAGUGUGGCCAAGUGACGGCCUCAUCUGGGUAUUCAAGGAAGAACGGGGAGCUGCCAUGUCUUCAAAAAUGGAAGAAUAGUGUACGCCUGUGACUCUCUGCCUUCAAAGCCAAAACCAGUGAUUAUUGGAGCAUUUCAUGUUUUCACACAGGAAUGUAACUUCAUUUCCGCAUAGCUGCUUUGAAGCAUGAACUGCAAUGAAGUAACUGGCUGAAAACGAAUCCUCCAGAAGGAACGCAAUGAGUGAUGCCUGUGUUGGCCUUAACGGACAGCACUGAUCCUAUGGGUGUGGAUUUUGUUAAGGGUACUUAUAUUUCCAGUUUCUUGAAGAAAUCAGUGAUCCAAGUUGGUAAGGUUUUUAGUAGCCUCUCACCCAUGCUUCUCUCCCCAUGAUUUUACAGUAAAAUGCUGUUGCGAUUCUCUUGCUCUAGCAAAACUGCUCUUAUCAAGAUGAGCCUUCAGCAAGCCUGGACGCGCUCAGUGAGCAAAUCCCGCUGUCUCCACAGGCGUUCCACAGCAGCCAGCUCCGGGCCGUGGUGACACUCAUGGUGAGGCAGCCUGGCCACUCCUCUGCUGAAAGCCUGCAGUGCCUCUCUUCCCCUCAGUCGGGGUGUAGAUGGUCUCUCCUUCCUCUUUAUUUACAAUCACCUCCCUGGAGAGGCUUCUAUGACACCCGACAGCAGAGAGCUCUUCACGCCCUACUCAUUUCACUGCCACCUUUACCGGGUUUUAGGUUUCUUUUUCCACAGCACUUAACCCCCUCUGAUUCACUAAGUGGGAAAAGAUUCCCUAUGCCUGCAUGUUUUAAUGCCAUCUCUUACUUUUGUUUUAUUGAAGAGGAGUCAGGAUUUGAACUCAGAUAGUCUCUGUAAGUAUUAUACCAUAAACCAAAGAUUCAAAGGAUGUAAAUGUGACAUUACUGGACCCCAUCCUUAACGCUGUGUAUGUAUAUAAGAAAAAGCUAAGUUGAAAGAAACAAUGCAGUAUUUAUUUUUUACACAGUUCAACUGGGCACAAAGUAAGCUAUAAAAAUUCCCAAUAAGCUCUAAAGAAAACCCUUUGUGUAUUUGGUUUUACAUAUUAAUUACUCUAGAAAGUUUCUGAACUCUGUUUAAUAGCAGAUCUCCUUUCUUGAUAGUUUCUUGGUACUGCCAGUUCUUGCUAUCAGGUCUAUAAAUAAAUUCAGGGAAAACAUGAAUUAGUUAGCAGCCACAUUAACAAAAGCUGACCUACUUUAAGUAUUACAAAUGAUAUAGAAACUUAAGUACCUGUUGGUUUCCACUAUUUCAUUCACUUUAUCUAUUUUGCAGUGUAGCCUCCCAGCAGCAAUAAACCUGGAGAGUUCCCUAAUUGAGAGAGAAGGGAAAAAGCGUUUAGCAUUAGCCUUAUAGAGAAUUGUUAGAAAAAUGAAUUGCACUAAAUACAUGAUACAGUUGUCUUUUACUCAAGGUAAUAUUUGGACACACAGCAGCUGAGCUGACCCCCUUAAGGGGGACAGUUAUUGAACACAGCCCUCAACAGCAGCGUGAGUGGAUGGAGACUCUCCGUCUGUCUACCGCCCUGUGACGUGGAGGAAAAUGAAAUGCUACGAGAGCUGCACGAAGACAACUUUUCAGUAAUACCAGAGAGAAUAUGUGGAAAGUUGACUCCUUUAAAAUAUCUAUUUGUAAUAUAACUAGGUUGAAUUUAGAGAUUCAUAUAAGGAGUCCUCCUAAUUAAGAAAAAUUGUGACAGAUGACUCUCCCCGAUACUACACCAUCUUGCUCCUAGCACAGAAACACCCAAAGUGCCAUUUCAAGUUGGUGGGGAAACGUGGCUGAGAAUGAUGUGAAGGCAGCUUAACUCGCACAAAUCCCAGAAACCAGGUAAGGAAAAAAAGAUAACUUCUAGCUUCAAAGCGCCACCAGCUUAUCUUAAAUUAGUAAGAACUCUAUGUUUACAGAGCGUGCUCUAUUCCUUAUCCUCAUUAAAAAUACAUUUGAUUCAGUCAUUACAACAGCCAUUCUUUCAACUGUUAGUUUUUGAAUCAUGUUACUGAGUGGCUUUAGGUAAACAAAAAAGCUCACUGGUUCUAAACUCACUUGCAUUCACUUUCCAGGUACUCACACAGCUGCGUCUCCAGACUGCAGCUGGGAAACCCAUCUGCACUAUUGUUCUGGGACUGAGACCCACAGGCGAGCUGGGGAAACUGGAGAGAAAGCUAGGACAAGCUGCAGCGAGCACCACUGCCCUGGGCAUGAAAGCAGACGGGGACUCAGUGUGCCCUCUGCUGAGGUAAAACAGCGGGCAGCUGCUGCUUCCCCUGCCCUUCGUUUACGCCCUCGACUCUUGGAGGAGACUCCAGAUGCACCACGGUUAUCUGUCCCUGGUCAUUGCUGCGGCUCUGCCGGCGCACGCCGCCACAGCCGCCCUCCAGUAAGCAGGCUGGUACUCCCUCCAGUCGUCUGGGCCACUCCUUCCACCUACGUGUCCUAAUUCACCCAAGUUCCUAUAAAAAUCUUAGACAUGCAAUGACAUCCACCCUCAAGGCCCCCAAGAGCUAUCUCAGUGCAGCCUCCUUUCUGAAACGACACAAUUAACUACUUCCUGCCUUAAAUGGGUGCCUAAGUCCCAUUCCCUAGAUCCAAACUACAUUUUUGUUGUCUCCCUGUGUGCUAAUCAAACAUACCCCAAGACGACUCAUCUUCUCCAAGCCACCCAGAUCCUGCCUCAUAUACAGGUGUCCAGUAAGAAUGAGCCAAAUACUUGCUGUGUAAAGAGAACCUAAAAACCAGAGUUGCAUCCUAAGUUCCAGAUAAAACACCUACCACCAAAAUUAUGCAAUACAGCCCACAGGUAUGGUUUCUAACCUUACAUAUGUCAGUAACAGAUGUGUCUACUCACAGAAUGGCUUGGUCCUUUUCUCCACCACUAUCUUACUGAGUCUAAGGAAAUGGAAAAACGAAGUACAAGUGUUCUUUAAACUUACAGAAAGAUUUCACCUAAACUCAUUUUAUAAAGUAAGAAACAAAUUUAAAGCAAGGCAUUUCUAGGUACCACCACAGCUCAGUGUGUGCUUGAAACCUCUGCCUCUAAAGCUGGGCUGAGAACAUGAAGGGAAAAACGAAAUAAUUCAAAUACCACAUACUGCAGCGUGUCUAACAAUACUUCCUACUUCAGUGCACCUUAUCCACAGAUUGAGCUGAGCCUCACCCUGCUCCCAAGGAGCAACGAGUGGCCUUCUCACCAUCACCACACUGUUAAGAAACAGCAAAGAAAGAAGCCAGACCAACGCCCUCUCUCCAUGUGCUGCUCACCAGUGAGCUCCUCCAGUACGACCCCAUGAGAAACAACUCAGUGCCCUCACCACCAGACUUUUAAUUUCACCAAGAAAACCAAAGCUCCCUGGAGAGCCCAGCCUUUUACUUUGGAUAGAUAAUAAACUACUCACUGUCUUUUUUCUUUCAAAGGAAGAGAAUGAGGAAAUGUCUGGCUCCAUAAUUUGGUUAUACUUUGUGUGUUUUACUGAUUGUAAAUAUUAAAACCAACCCAUAGAUAAAUAUUCAUGUGCAUGCCAAGGUGACUGAGGAUGAAACGUACUGAUGUCUGUAACUGUCUCUGAAGUUGUUAAAAAUAAGGUAAAGCAAACACAGUGUUAAUAAUGAUAUAGAAUCAAGAAUAUAUAGGAAUUUGUAAAGAUUUAUACAGGAAUCUCUCCAUGUUUGAAAUUUUUCGUAAUAAAACAUUAGAAAAAACAAA